AUGUCUCAACAAGGUGAGGAAGGAGAGCACAACAAAGGGAACAUGGCUGUAUCAUACGCCAGCGGGAUCCCCGCUACUCGCACCCAGACCCUGCCAUCUUUUCGAGAGCUUCUCCCACCACAUCUGCACGAAGAGAUAGAUUCUGCGUCCUACUAUUCACAGUGCCGGCAGUAUCAGCAGCCAGAACGGCCACCGCCGCCGGACUCUUUAUUAAAACCGAGGUCGGUACCGGGGCCUCCAUUUUCGUCUCCGCCCAAGCCGGCGUUGGGGCCUGGCGUCCAGGAAUUGCCGCUGCCUUCCCCCAGUGUAGAAGACAGUCUCAAGCGAGGGCAUGAAUCUUUGCAAAUUCCUCCUUCCUCCGGGAGCUCGACUCCGGUGCCUGUCGGGGGAGCGAGAUCCCCAUUCAACACAAGGGGGCCCAGUCCGAUUCUGCCUCCCAUCAGAGAUCUGCAAUCCCUUCCGGAGCGGAAUCUGAAUCGUCCCAGGAGCGCCUACGACGAUAUGGCGACAGUCCGUCCGCGUGGGUUAACUCAGGAAUUCGGAGGGGCCGGCCGUGACGCCUUUGGGCCGCGGAGCCUGGAGGGCGAUCGAUUCACCUCUCAGCCGUACGCCGGCAGCAGUGGAACGCCGGUCCCGUAUAACCAGCCACCGUACGAUCAUGCUCGUUACGUUCACUAUCCAGCAUCCUACACGAGUGAAACGGAAUAUUCGUCGAUGAUGCACAGCCCUCCGACGUCGAACUUUGGCGUCUUGGGUGAUCCAAUUGAUUCACGAGGGAAACGAAGGAGAGGCAAUCUUCCCAAGCCGGUGACGGACAUUUUGCGACAGUGGUUCCAUGAACAUCUCGACCAUCCGUAUCCGAGCGAGGAAGACAAGCAAAUGUUCAUGUCGCGUACUGGUCUCUCUAUCAGCCAGGUAGGAUCCAGAAAUCUUUUUGCGGAUUGGUCUGGUUACUGA